AUGAACCGAGGAAUCCUUGACAGCGCUUGUUGUGUUUACUGUGGAGACCUGGAAACCACGGAACACCUUUUCUUCCGAUGUGCCUUUGCGAGGGAAGUCUGGAAUCUAGCCCCUUUCUCCACUCCCAUCGAUCCACUCCAACUCCAGAGCUUUGCAGCAACCCUCACAAUCUCAAAAGACUGGGUUUGUCUACCACCAACUGGAACAGGAUCGGGACCCCUCUUUGCGUGGAUCUGUUGGGCUAUCUGGAAAUCCAGAAACACCUUCCUCUUCGAAGAACGCCUCUUCUCCCCUGCAGAAACCAUCUCAAAAGCCACCAAGGAAGCUCGAGAAUGGCAACAAGCUCAAUUCUCAGUCCCCAAACCACAGCAAGGAAACACACAAUCCGGGAGAAGACAAAACAAACCAAACACUAUUACCUGCUUCUCUGAUGGAGCCUGGAGUGCAGACAACUGGACCGGAGGAAUGGGAUGGCUCUUCGUUGACGAAUCCGGCAAAACCCUAACCACCGGAAGCUCCGCGGAAGCAUCGAUAGCGUCGCCGCUGGUGGCAGAAGCAAUCUCGAUCCGCUCAGCCCUCAAUCACGCUUUGGAUAUCGGAAUCACCGAUCUUCAUCUCAAGACAGACGCUCAGGACCUAGUCCGAGCUUUAACCAUGCAAGAGCAAAUUAAAGAGAUCUACGGGAUCCUCUUUGAUAUUCAAACUCUCGCCUUCCUCUUCGAGUCAAUUAGUUUCAGCUUCGUUCCUCGAUCGGAAAAUACUUUUGCCGAUUCGAUCGCCAAAAACGCAAGGAUUAGUCUCGCGAACUUAAUUUUGGCUCAGGGCCCACAUGUGUAA